ACAUCUCAACAUUCAAAUGGGGCAGCUGCCUGCCCGUAGUGGAUGAGAGCAACUAUAUAAACAGCAGCAGCAUGACCCAUCAUAGUCAUCCUCCUCUGCCAUUUCCUCUGUAAUCUCCCCACCAGGCCUACCACUCAUUCUUCGCAGAGGAAAUUAAUUCAUAGAGCAGCAGAGCCAUCUUUUUUUUCUUGAUUCUCUCAUCACAAAUGGAGGCGGCAAUGAAGAUGAAGAUGCUGGUAGCCGCAAUGUUGGUGAUCAUGAUGAUGUCACUCUCCGGAAUGAAGGGCGUCGCCGCAGCCGAUGCUCCGGCGCCGGCCCCCGCCUCUGACGCAACCAUCUUCGUGCCUACCUUGUUUGCUUCUAUUGCUGCACUGGCUUUUGGUUUCCUCUUCUGA